GAAAUUCGAUUUAUCGAUAGGAUAGGAGGUUCGUCCCGUCUCUCUGGUUUCACAGAAUGACAGUUCCAUGGGCAAAUUCUGCGCGAGCAUGUAUAAGGAAUUAUUCUACUGUCAAUUAAUCCACGUGACGAUAAAGGAUUCACGUUUGUUCCUUUGAUCGUCGCGGAGCGCUCCCACGGGACGCGUGACUCGAAUGAAGAUUCGUGUCGUCAAUGUCACGGCUGCACGCCAUAGGCAAACGCAAUGAUACACAUUACUGACCAAGGAUACCUAAACGUAAAGUGAUUUGUGUACGUAAGACGAUUCCGUUUUCCAUAGAUUCGUCGUGUCUGUCAAAAAUGUCGCGUUCCCUUAGCCGUUAAACCUGCUAAACCGACUGACACCGUCGUUCUACUUAACUUAAAUUGCUCGAGAACAACGGCCAGCGGGAAAAUCGAAAAUUACGUCGUAUAAAUUCCUCCGAUGGACAUCGUUCACGGGCAUUCUAUUCGUUGUUUCUCAAAAGCCGGAUAAACAUGUUCGUUAAAUGACCUUACGAUCAGUGUAAGUGACGUUCACACCGCGAUGGAAAAGUUUGUCGUCGAUUUAGACAAGGUUUUGGACGAAUUUGAAUUUAACGAAGAUUGCGCGGAACAAACAGCAUCCGUUAAUGUCGCUUCUAGCAAUGCGUCGUCUUCGGCGACCAAGUGUAAUAUGGACUCCCCGAUGCUGUAUAAUUAUCUUUUGAUGGAGCCUAGAAAAACGAACAAAGAACGCGAUGUUAUAAUACCAUUGGAAAGGCACAAGGAUGUGCAACACAAUGCUAGAAGCAGCUGUCCCGAUGAGAAGAAUAUGGUUCAGGAAGAUUCGAGUUACAACAAAGAAGAAACAGAAGCAGAUAGUGGAAAGAACAUUAAUAAUUUUUAUAUGCAAGAAUGUACGAAUGACAACAAGUUAGCGCAGAAACAGUCUGUCUUACCAUAUGACAUGGAACCGCUUGUAAUGAUACACAAUGACAUAUCGCAAAAGUUAACGCAGAAACAACAAAACGGUCAUGGUAGUCCAAAAAUUGACAAUAGGUAUGAUAAAAAGUUGAAUCAAUUUAAUUCAAAGCCUAGUGUUAGUAAUGUCUUUAACAGUUUAAAUGAAUAUAUAAAUGCACCACCUGGAAGUUCAGAUUGUAUUGACUCUGUAUUAGAAGAUGAAGAAGUACAACCCGCUAUAGAACCUGAAAGUGUUCAUUAUGGAACCGAAGCGUCUGAAUUAAUUCGUGGCUCUGUUAAAGAUGUUGACGAGAAAGUGAGUAUAAUCUAUAAGCAAGUAAACGACACAAGAAGUUCAAAUAGAGAAGCUUUGAUUACAGUUGUCGAGAAUGUUGCACCAUCUACAAGCACAGAAUUGCCUGCCACGCUCGACGAUAUAAUUACAGAAGAUGAUACAAAUAAUGCUCAUACAAUAGGUUUUGAAGAAACUAAAAAUGAAACAGUAAUAUCCAGCGAUGUAACUGUAACCGACGAUUCCAGCGAAUUAAGUAAUAAGGUAGAAGUCUCAAACGAAGCGACCUGUAGUCUGCAUAAUUUUGAUUCUGUACAUAAAAAUGUCGAUCUUAUAGAUAAAAACUGUACUUCAACGUUUGAAGAUCAGAAAUUUGAAAAGGAAUUUCAAAUACAACCGGACGAAAGUGAAAAGAAAUUGUGCAUAAAUAAUUCCGAUUCAUCUGAUAAAUCUAAGAAAAACUUGAUUAUUCCUGUACAAGAACCGGUUAGGUUUGAUAAGAUUGCUGAUUUAUCAGAGGAUGUAUUGACAAAGUAUUUAGCUGAAUUGGAACAAGACCAGGAAUUACAAGAAGAAAUUGAUAGACAUCGAAUUGGAGCAAUAAAUGCGGUGCAAAAUCUGAUACAUGAUCAAACGGAUUCGUCACAGAGUUCAAAGAAUAUAGAACUUUUAGAUGUAACACAGAAAGAGCCGAUCGAUGAAUUAGAAAAUGUUUCAACAAUUAGUCAUAAGAAAGAAGAACUAGGUAAAGAAUUGCAUGUUAAUGAAGCGGAAAAGCAAACUCAACAAAGCGAUGACGGCAUCAAAGAAGAUAACUGCGGCAACGAUGUAGAUGAUACAAACAGUAAAGUAAAACAGGACCAAAUCAAACACGAAGAUGUUCAUGUAGUUUCGGCGGAUGAACAUAUGGCCGAAGAGAAUAGUAACAAAAAUAUUGAAGAGCUUUGUACAUACAAAUUAAAUGCAAAGAAAGAACCAUCGAUCAGCGAUGAAACGGACAAGCAAUCGAGUAAACAAAAAGAAGGUGCUGCGCCUGAUAGUCAGACCAAUGAACUCAAGCUGCAAAACGAUGCUUCGCCUUCGUCUGAUAAUCCCGAUGAAAAAUAUUUGAUAGAGCGAUUAUUAGAUGAUACAACAAAGUACUGGAACAAUAGUUUGCUGAAUGAAAUCAUGGUAAAAGCGAACACGAGCGAUACCAACGAUGAAUCAGAGAAACCGGCGCGUCCUCAGACGUUGGAUAUUGUUUUAUCGAAUAACACGAACGACCGUCAGACUCUCGGUUCUAGUUCUGCAAACGAUACAUCAUCGGGUCAAACGCAAUCAAAUGUUGAUGGCCCUGCAGAAGAACAAGAACCCUCGUCAGACAUCCUAGAUAAUUCGUUACCGGAAUCCAAUUCGGUUCUAGGAAAGCAACCACCGUUCUGGGUUCCUGAUAGCGACGCGCCCAGUUGUAUGUUCUGCGAUGUAAGGUUUACGGUACUCAAAAGACGGCACCAUUGUCGUGCAUGUGGUAAGGUGUUAUGCAACAAAUGCUGUAAUAUGAAAUACAAAUUGGAAUAUCAAGGAAACAUUGAUUCUCGUGUUUGCGUUUCCUGUUAUCAACUUCUUACAAAAGCUGAAGCAGAACAGAGUCUUGGAGAAUGGUCCCCCAGUUACUGUAUGACUAACAAUGACAUCAAUUCACCUCAGGGAAGACAGCCUAAUCCAAAUAAUCCCAUGGAGUACUGUUCAACUAUACCACCCUUGCAACAGUUAGCUGGCGGAUUGCCUCCACCUCCCACAGUUAUGGUGCCUGUUGGAGUUCUUAAAAGAGAAGGUGGUACAAAAAGCCGGUCAGAAGUGUCAAAGUCUGUUAUGUUCAGUGACGGAAUAAGGCCUGGCUGUGACCUGACAGAACUAGAUAUGUCCUGGGAUUUGAAACCACCCUACCGAAAAUCUGGACCCAAGAGAGCAUCUGUACCUGGGUCAUCUGUGUCGGGUGCAUCUGCUAAGAGGCAAAACCUGCCGCGUCUGGACCCAAAUACUGAAAGUUAUGUGCCACAGGAUCCAAACUUUCUUCCUCCAACCGUAACGAUACAUAAAGGACAGGUAACGUACCAUGCUGCAACGGACGAGGGUCAACUUUACGCAACGCUGAAAAAUGAGUGCGAACCGCCUGUUAUAUUCGCCAUCAAUCGGAAUCUCUAUGCUUGCGUUAAAAUACUAAAUUUAAAUUGUUGUAUAAACAAAAUAUGUUGGAACGUAACGUCCAAAGGAUUAGCUUGCGUGGGACAAGAUGAAGUCAUACUACUAAUUGAAACGUUACCUGACGAGAUUGGGGUUCCAAAGGAUCUUCUCAUUUUCAUUAACCAGUUGUACCUUGAAGCUAUUAAAGGAAACACCGUUUCCGAGUUGGGAUUUUCACUGUAUCAGGGAGGAAAUCUUUUAGGUUCUCGAGAACAUUCUGGAUUCCUUUUUAUACGGCAAAGUUUGCAGUGUUUGCAGAAAAUUGUAUUGCCCCCUGCUCCCUUCUUAGUCGGUCUUCUAGUACAUAGAUGGGAGACGCCAUGGGCCAAAGUGUUUCCAUUACGGCUUGUUCUACGACUUGGUGCCGAGUAUCGUUACUAUCCUUGCCCAUUGUUCUCUGUACGGUUCCGGGACGCUUUAUACUUCGAGAUAGGACACACAGUUAUGAAAGUGUUGGCUGAUUUUCGAAACUACGCAUACACGUUGCCAGGAGUCAGAGGCUUAACGAUACAUCUAAGGAAUAGGAUGACGGACGUAAUGUUCCCGAAGAACCGAUACGAUCAAGUGAUAAAAGGCUUGAAUAACUCAAAUGAUCACGUCCUGGCGUAUGCCUCAAAUUUUAGCAUAGCGGCCGACUCGCACUUAGUUUGUAUACAAACGAACACAGGCGAUGAGAGUAGCUAUCAAACACAGGCGAUAAGUAUCAAUAAUAAACCUAGAACAAUAACGGGGACUAGUUUUAUUGUGAUCAACGGUGCAUUAAAAUCGUCCAUGGGACUGUCGGCUAAAUCCAGUAUAGUGGAAGAUGGACUGAUGGUAGAAAUAAUGCCGGAGAAAAUGGAAGCUUUAAAAGCAGCUCUGAAAAAUAUGCAAGAUUUUUCGAUUGGUUGUGGUCGACAAGGUGCGCCUGAACCCGAUGAGACGGUAAACAUAAAGUGGGUCGAAAACGAUGUACAAUUUAAUAUAGGUGUAAAAAGCCCGAUUGAUGGACAAUUAAUGGACGGUAUUCCAUCGAUUAGAGUCCAUAAUGGCACUGAUUACAAGGGAACGACUAGAUUCAUUCGUUGGACAGAAGUGUUCAUUAUCAAGUCUGACGACCACCCAAACGGUCUCCACGAUCCCCUGGACAUAAAUAAAUUAUCUGGAAAUAUAGCAAAAGCAACGUCCACAGCUUUGGUAAAGUUAUUGGAUCUCCUAAGUGCCGCUGGUUUCACAAAACUUGGUGUAAGAACAACCAUUCAUCCUGACAAUGUGGGUUACGAAGCCGGUAGCGAAGGCAUGAAAUUGCCACCGAUCUACAUGAACAGUCUGGACAACGAAUUAAUUCAAGUUUUGCAUAAGGCAGCGCAAAGCAGUCAGGAUACGCAUACUGUGCUUGAACUAAUUUUUUAUAUUCUUGACGAUUAAUGUCGCCAGUUACUUCUGUUUUGUUAACUAUUUCCAGGCAAGAUAUGGAAAUACAUAAAUAUACAUACAUAUAAUAUAGAUCGCGACAUUCAUACACUAGAGAUGUACAGUCGAAACUUUCGUGAGGAACGUCUAGGUAGAUCUCUUGAGUGGGGGAAAAAUAUUUUCUAACUGUAUGCUAUCAACAUAGUGACCACAGAAACGCUUAUAUUAUAAAUUGUACUAAAUCAUGUCCAUUAAAGAUAGAAAUGCUACUAAUACCCAAAUAUAAUUCACAACGCGCCGAGCGUUACGAAUCGAAUUCGAAGUCGGAUAAUCUGUUCUCCUUUAAAUUGUAUCAGUUCUAGAUUCUUAGCUCUCGAAAUCGAGAUAGCGUCUAUUAUUAUAUCAUCCGUUGGGAAACGCUUAUAAUAUUCUUUUAUAUAUUGUAUAUGAGUAUACAUUUUUCAAGCGUCGGAACUGUUUGACAAGAAUUUGUUCGCGGCCAAAAACUGAAAUAAGGGGAAGAAAUACCGUCAUUUGUUAUUUACAUUAUGUAAAUAUAUAAUACGUUUUGUUGUUAUUCAUGUAAUAUUUGUAUAAUGAUAGUUGAAUAGUACUUUUUUGACGGAAGAAAGUAUUAAAAAUGUUACUAAAUAAAAUGGUUUUUGUUAAUCCGUUGAACAUUUGCAUAAAUUUCUAAUUACGAUGACAGAACUCUAAUCACGUAUAAUGUAUCUAUAAAUACACAUACACAUGCA